AUGAAAUCUGUAUCUCAAACAAAAGCUCAAGCCAAAACCAGGCUGAAGCUUCAACAGCUAACUCAAACUGAAGUACAGUCAGGUAAACCCAAGCUGAAGCUUGGACAGGAUGAUACUUAUACAGAGAGCUACAUCAGUACUAUUGGUGUAGAUUUUAAAAUCCGGACAAUUGAUCUAGAUGGAAAAACUAUUAAAUUGCAAAUUUGGGAUACUGCAGGACAGGAAAGGUUCAGGACUAUUACAUCUAGUUAUUACAGGGGGGCACAUGGGAUAAUUGUGGUUUAUGAUUGCACAGACCAAGAGUCCUUUAAUAAUGUUAAACAAUGGCUAGAAGAAAUCGAUCGCUACGCAUGUGAUAACGUCAACAAACUACUUGUAGGAAAUAAAAGUGAUCUAACAACAAAGAAAGUUGUUGAUUUUACCACUGCCAAGGAAUAUGCGGAUCAGUUGGGUAUUCCUUUCCUUGAAACAUCGGCUAAAAAUGCUACAAAUGUAGAGCAGGCAUUUAUGACAAUGGCGGCUGAAAUCAAAAAUAGAGUGGGGCCGCCAUCUUCGGCUGCUGAUCAGGGUGGAAAAGUCAAAUUUGAUGCAAGUCGCCCAGUGGAAACUACCAGAUCAGGAUGUUGCUGAAAACUGCAUCUGUU